GAACGAAAGUCAUACGUGAUUUAUUUUCAUUGACACCUCUGUAAUUUCAUUUGCUCAGUUUUUUAUUUUUAUUUAUUUAUUUUUCUGGUUUUAAAGACAUUUGAUGAAGUAGGCUACUGGAGGAAUUCUUCAUCUUCCAAGUGCGCUCGUUUUAAUUGGCAAAAUGAGUGAUAAUAUGCCAGCUUCACUGGACAGUGGCGCGCAGGACACGAAGGAGAAUGGUCCUCAUUUGGGAGCGAAAGGUCCUGAUGCCGCGGACCAGAUUGAAUGCAACAGCAUCCCAAACGGUGAGAGCGGCUCUGCGGCCGCAACGCGCCUGUUCAAGAAGCGCUGGUUGAUCGUGUUCCUGUUCAGCUCUUACUCUCUGAGCAACGCGUACCAAUGGAUCCAGUACGGCAUCAUCAGCAACAUCAUUAUGAAGUUCUACAACGUGGAGUCCUUCGCUGUGGACUGGCUGUCCAUGGUCUAUAUGCUCACCUACAUCCCCUUCAUCUUCCCGGUCACCUGGCUCCUGGAUAAGAAAGGGCUGCGGGUCACGGCACUGGUGGCCAACGCGCUCAACUGCGCGGGGACAUGGAUCAAGGUGGCCAGUGCCAGACCCGACCUGUUCUGGGUGACCAUGCUUGGACAGUUUGCAAGUUCCCUGGCCCAGGUCUUCAUCCUCGGGAUGCCCUCCCGCCUGGCGUCGGUCUGGUUUGGCGCUGAUGAGGUUUCCACCGCCUGCUCCAUUGGAGUUUUUGGAAAUCAGAUGGGUAUCGCCAUUGGGUUUCUGGUCCCACCCAUCCUCGUGCCUAAUGUGGAUGAGAUGGAUGAGCUGGCGUACCACAUCAGAAUCAUGUUCUACAUCAGCGCUGGAGUGGCCACCGUCAUCUUCAUCCUUGUGGUGAUUGUGUUUCAGGAGAGACCAGAGAUCCCUCCCACGCAGGCCCAGGCUCAGGCCAGGAGCAUACCCCCGGAUGAGUACUCGUACACGGCUUCCAUCUUGAGGCUGCUGUGCAACAAGCCCUUCAUGCUCCUGGUGGUCAGCUAUGGCCUGAAUGUCGGCUGCUUCUAUGCUGUUUCCACACUGUUGAACCGGAUGAUCAUCGAGCACUAUCCUGGUGAAGAGGUGAAUGCUGGGAGAAUUGGUCUGACCAUUGUCAUUGCGGGCAUGGUGGGGUCCCUCAUAUGUGGCAUUUGGCUGGACAAGACGAAAACCUACAAACAGACCACCCUGCUUGUGUAUCUCCUCUCUCUGAUUGGCAUGCUGGUCUACGCUUUCACCCUCAAUCUGGGUCACCUGUGGGUGGUGUUUAUCACAGCCGGAGUUUUAGGCUUCUUCAUGACAGGAUAUCUGCCUCUGGGCUUCGAGUUUGCGGUCGAGCUCACCUAUCCAGAAUCAGAGGGAACCUCAUCUGGACUUCUUAACUGUUCAGCUCAGAUCUUUGGAAUCAUUUUCACCAUCUCUCAAGGGAAGAUUAUUGAUAAAUGGGGCACAUUAGCGGGAAACGUCUUCCUGUGUAUCUUUCUGCUAAUAGGGACAGUCAUGACAGGAUUCAUCAAGUCUGACCUCCGACGGCAGAAGGCCAACCUGCAGGCCGAGGUGCAGACAGUGAGCCCUACAGGGUCGAUCUCAUCGGCGCAGGACUACGGGGCCACAGCGUGCAGCGGCCCCUGGCAACGUCAGUCUUGACAUAAACCUCACUAAAACCAAAACACACACCUGCCAAGAAAACCACCGCUGAUCUGGAAGGAGGCGUCUCUCCACCUGAGAUCCUGAAAGAGGGGAAGUUAUAAAGAGGACAGACGUCAAUUCUGUCAACGACAUCAUGUACAGAUAAAAACAGAAAUACAACACGCAUUAACGUGCACACAUCGUCACAGAGUGAAAAAAAGCUUCUGUGAGGACAACUGAAUCGUACUGAACAGCCCUCUGUGGGGCUGAUGUGAAUGACCAGCAGACCUGCUGUACAACAUGAUGUACUGUAUGGGCGUCACGGUAGGCAUUUUACAUGUCUUGUUAGCGCAGUCCAACUGCCACUUUAGUGACUCAAGCAUUACUACACUCUUUAACUUAAUUUAACUUUUUACUCUUUCCUAACCUUUUACUGUC